AUGUCCCAUCGACAAGAUUCUUUCUCUGACGGUGAAAAGGAGGAGCCUGGUUCCGUCUCGGCUGUUGCUGAUGCACAGUACGAGUGCAGGCACCGGUACGACCCCUCGUUUGAAUGGGACGCCGAAGAGGAGAAGAGGCUAGUUCGAAAGCUCGACAUCAAGAUCAUGUGCUUUGUCUGGGUCAUGUUCAUGUCGCUCGAUCUCAUCAGGCGCAACAUCAACCGAGCCCUACCCGACCAAUUCCUCAAAGACCUCCGCAUAAAUCAAAACGACUUCAACAAUGGACAGGUAAUCUUUUUCGCCAGCUUCCUCUUCAUGGAGCUUCCUUCGGGCCUCAUCAGCAAGAAAGUGGGCGCGGACAUUUGGGUGCCCGUGCAGAUAGUCACUUGGUCCAUCCUAUGUUCCAUCCAGGCAGCUAUGAAGUCCAAGACGUCUUUCUUCAUUCUCCGUGCACUCGUCGGCGCGGCUCAAGGCGGCUUCAUACCCGACAUGUGCCUGUACCUCAGCUACUUCUACACCAGUCACGAGCUCACGACGAGGUUGAGCUGGUUCUACACGGUUCUCGGCAUCAGCCAGAUCCUGGGCAGCCUCCUUGCCGCCGGCUUCAUCGAGCUCCGGGGCCUGCAUGGGCUCGCAGGCUGGCAAUACCUCUUUGCUUUUGAAGGACUCAUCACAGGCGUUGUGGGCAUCUUUGCCUUUUUCUGGAUGCCGCCGAGCGUGACUUCCACAAAGGGUCUCUUGCGUGGAAGGAAUGGGUGGUUCACAGAGCGAGAAGAAAAGAUCCUCGUCAACCGCGUCCUUCGAGACGACCCGACAAAGGGCGACAUGAACAACCGAACUGGCGUCAACCUCAAGGGCCUAUGGCGAGCGAUGAAAGAGAAGGACCUGUGGCCCAUCUACCUUCUCGGCCUUGUCAUCUACAUUCCCUUCCAGCCCCCUCAGACCUAUCUAUCACUCACGCUGAAGCAGCUCGGCUUCACGACGCUCCACUCGAACCUGCUGGCUAUUCCCUCGCAGUUCCUCUUUGCAGUCAACUGCCUUUGGAUGUCCUGGCUCGCUCGCCGCUUGAACGAACGCAGCUUCGUCUCAUCGUUGGCAAACAUUUGGACGUUGCCGCUCCUCGUGGCCCUUUACUGCAUCCCUCGCUCCCUCGAAUCGUACUGGUCCUGGGUUCGGUUCGCGCUUCUUUCCCUGAUCGCCUCCUUCCCCUAUUGCCAUCCGACGGUCAUCAGCUGGCUGUCGCGCAACUCGCUCUCGGUCCGCAAUCGUGCUGUGUCGAUGUGCUUCUACAACAUGUCCUACCAAAUUGGCAGCAUCGCUGCCACACGAAUCUUCACCCAGGGCGAUCAGCCUUUCUACGGCAAAGGAAUCGCCGCCCUAAUUGCCAUUUCCGCCUUCGCAAUUGUCCAGUGCUGGCUCACAAAGGCCUACUAUAUCGCGAGGAACAGGAGCAAGCAGGCCAAAUGGGCUGCACUCACCCCGGACGAGCAGGUCGAAUACAAGUUGACGAGCCAAGACGAAGGCGCAGUGAGGCUCGACUCCCGAUUCGUGCACUAA